AUGGCGACAAAACGUCUACCAACAAUUUCAUGGAGUAAUGAAUCACCAAGUGGUUAUCAUUAUCACAACGGAUCUUAUUUCAAGUAUUACACUGUGCUUAAGACAGAACCGGAAGCUGCAGCUGCAUGUCAAGCAGAAGGAGCACGAUUGGCUAGAGUUCCAGAUCUAGCCACUCAUCAAUUUUUGAAAAGCAUUAUUAAUCCUGUUGCCAGCACCUGGAUCGAUCUUCGUCGAGUAAAUGGAGUUUGGCAAUACGAACCAACUGGUUUUACGGCUUGGGCUCCAAAUGAACCCUAUGGAGAGGAGUGUACCCAGAUGUGGAGUUAUGCUAACCUUGAAUGGGAUGAUAUCCCGUGCACUGCAUAUGGACUUCACUAUUUAUGUGAAUUUCCCUUCAGCGAAUAA